UUGUGUCAGGGGAACGUGUGUUGGUGACGUUGAAAAGUUGGAAGAUGCAUAAGUGACGAGUGUUUUGAUACAGUUGUGAUUUUUUAAUUUUGGAGAUUUUAGUAGGAAAAUGUCAGGGGAGAAGCGAGAAACAGGGGAGGAUGAGGGUGAUGAUGAAUGGGUUGGUCCCAAACUUGCGGAAGCUGCACCUGUGAAAAAACAAAAAGUUCUGGAGUAUGAGAAAGUUUAUGUUGAUAAUUUACCCUGCUGCGAGUGUUAUGAGAAGUCAUAUAUGCAUAGAGAUGUUGUAACCCACAUCAUUGUCACCAAAACAAAUUUUGUAAUAACAGCAAGUUGCGAUGGCCACGUAAAAUUCUGGAAGAAACAGGAUGAAUUGAUAGAAUUCGUUAAACAUUUUAGAGCUCAUAUCAUGGCAAUUCAUGGUUUAGCUGCUAGUUACAACGGAGUUUAUGCAGCUACCAUUAGUUUGGAUAAAACCCUAAAGAUUUUUGAUAUCGUAAAUUUCGACAUGAUCAACAUGAUGAAGUUUGAUUACGUUCCUUCAUGCGUGGAGUGGAUCUACACAUCUGGCGAUGCGAUAUUUGCAAUAGCUGUUUCUGAUAGAGACUCCCCAAAAAUACAUGUCUAUGAUGGACAAGCGACUGAGAGAGCUCUGCAUGUCUUCGAGGAUUUGCACAAAAAGCCUGUUGUUGUCAUGAAGUACAAUCCAGUUUUCGAGACCUGCAUAUCGAUCGAUCAAUCAGGAUUCCUGGAAUACUGGACAGGCCCUAAAUCAGAGUACCAAUUCCCCAAGUGUGUCGCAUUCGAAUCGAAAUUGGAUACCGAUCUGUUCGAAUUUGCGAAGAAUAAGACACAUUUGUGUUGUCUGGCAAUAUCCCCUGAUGGCAAGAAAUUCGCAUCCCUCAGCAGUGAUCGAAAAGUUCGAGUCUUUCAUUUUUUGACUGGAAAACUUUACAGAAUCUUUGAUGAGUCGUUGCAGAGGUUUUCACAGCUUCAACAGACUACUCAACAAUUACCUAAUAUGGAGUUUGGAAGGAGAAUGGCUGUAGAAAGAGAUUUAGACAAAACAGAAACAAACCUGGGCAAUAUAGUAUUCGACGAAUCAGGAUACAUGAUAAUGUAUAGUACAAUGUUGGGUAUAAAAUUAGUAAAUUUAUACACAAGCCGUUGUAUUCGAAUACUAGGGAAGCCUGAGAACAUUCGACCAAUGCAAUUGGCUUUAUUCCAGGGUAAAUCACGUAAAACUGCAUCAAUAACAGUUGAAAUGGAGGCAUCUGAGAAUCCUACACUGGAGCUCAACAAGCCUGACCCAACAUUAUUCUGUACAGCACACAAAAAGAACAGAUUCUUUAUGUUCACGAGACGUGAACCUGAGGAUUCCAAGGGCUCAGAGUGCGACAGAGACGUGUUCAAUGAGAAACCCUCGAAGGAAGACAUCAUCUCCUCGACAGAUGCCACCAACAUGCAGAAGAUUUACGACACUGCUAUCAUUCACACUGCUCUGGGGGAUAUCCAUGUGUCUCUGUUUGGGAAGGACGUCCCCAAGACUGUGGAGAACUUUUGCGUUCAUGCUAAGAAUGGCUACUACAAUAGCCACAUUUUUCAUAGGGUCAUCAAGGGCUUUAUGAUUCAGACUGGAGAUCCAACGGGCACGGGCACUGGGGGCGAGAGCAUUUGGGGUGGCGAGUUCGAGGAUGAGUUCAGGUCACAUCUCAAGCACGAUAGACCGUAUACUCUCAGUAUGGCUAAUGCUGGGGCUAAUACUAACGGCAGUCAGUUCUUCAUUACUUUGACGCCAACGCCAUGGCUGGACAACAAGCACACAGUUUUUGGUCGCGUCGUCAAGGGAAUGGAGGUAGUACAGAAUAUAAGUCAAGUGAAAACAAAUCCGAAGACAGAUAAACCGUACGACGACAUCAGAAUCGUGAGUGUAUCAGUCAAAUGAACUAAUUUUUUGGACAAAAAAAAAUCUGAUGAAUUGAUUAAAUAAGUCUUUAUUGCA